UUAGAUUUGUAAGGGGCGGUGCAAAGCGCAAGUGCGGUCAUGGCGGUCGUGGAUGGUUUGGAGCUGAGGAAAAGGGAAUAGAUGGGGGAACUUGGAAAUAACAACGUUUGUUGUAUUUUUUUGUUUUAAUAUCUUUUUCAGCACUGAGCCGUGCCUAUGUGUUAAUAUUUUGUUAAAAUGGGCACAGACACGAACGAAACAGAGUACGUGUCGUGUGUGGAUUUCAGUGAACUGGAGGGGCCAGAGUAUCCUGGAAGUGCCAGCCAGCCCAUUAUAGCCAGUCCUAAGUAUUGUCCUGGAGUAAAUAACAAUGCUGGGUAUCAGUGUGAAACAGGACACUGCUGUGGAGAAACAGGAUGCUGUACAUACUACUACGAACUGUGGUGGUUUUGGCUUCUUUGGACCAUCCUCAUUCUCUUCAGCUGCUGCUGUGCCUACCGACACCGACGAGCCAAACUACGCAUCCAACAGCAACAACGUCAAAGGGAAAUCAACCUCAUUGCCUACCAUGGGGCAUGCAAUUAUCCUGCGUCUAUGCUGGAUCUUAGUUUUUUGGCCUCCUUCAAGUUGCCUUCAUAUGAAGAGGUUGCUGCCCGUCCUAACACCCCACCACCUCCUUACAGCACUGUGUUUGCCCUUCAAGGAGGGCAGUAUGCCCACCCAGGUCCUAGCUGCUUGACAUCAUCCCAAAGUUCUGAUAAUUAUACCAGCUGUUCCUGUGAGUCCUGCUCAGCUUCUUCACCUAGUAGCACCUCAUUUUCUGUGCAGGUCACUGAUGAGACAGACACCAGCAAUGCAACAACACCUAGUGAGACUGGAGAUUCUCGGCCAGUAAGUGCAACAGCAGAUACGUCCACUCCUGUAGUAGUUGCUGAUCCCCUUGGUGCAACUUCAGUGGUAACAGGACAGGACAAACAAGGAGAAGGGAGCAGUAAAAACCAAGAGGAGCCACAGUCACCCAGAGUUAUGAAUUCCCCACCAAAGCAUGCUCUGUUUUCUUCAAAUGUAGACUUUUUUGAACCUGACUGCCAUGCCUGCUGUUCCUCAGACAUUGAAGAAAAUGAGGAUGCAGAUGAAGAGCACUUUCGUCAUCGUCGGCUUACUGGGGAUUCAGGGAUUGAGGUUUGUCGCUGUCAGAUUGAUAGUGAGGAUGAAGAUAAUGAAUCCAGCAAAGAACAUGUGGCUCAGGAAAUGAAAUGUUUACUUCAUGACAGCUCUGGCUGCUCCAAUAGGAGCGAAGUCUCAUCAGUGCAACAAUGCCAUGAGAUGUCUGGCCAGCCACAAGAAGAAUAUGUCAACUUAUGUGCUGCUAACAUGAGUGGAGAAUUUGUUGUGUCUAUGGAGUCCAUUUGAAAUCUUAGCCUGUGAAGAAAAAUAUCGUAUGUGAAUGUAUUCCAAGUUUGGAAAAAGUGGAGUUCAUUUGAUAACUCCUUGGCAAUAAUGCUAGUAGCAUGAAGCAUUGUGUUAACAUGCCCUUAAAUUUAAAAUGGAGGAGGCAAUUUGAAGUUGAUAUGUGUAUGAUCAAACCUGUGUUCUUAAAAAAAAAAAAAAAGGUAAGAUGUGAAAAUAAAAAAAAAAGGGCAGCUGAUAGCCUGUCAUUUUGCAGUAAAUGUUGUGAACAGUCUCCUCUAUGAUAACCAGCCUAAAUUCAUACGUGACAUGUUGAAGUACACUGUCAUCCGGUUUCCAGGAGGAGCAGCUUAUCAAUUCAAAGGCAAUAAUAUCUUUAACACUUCCUAUUAGUGCAAUUUAGCCCCAGAUGGACAAUGGCUGUUUGGAUUUUAUUAAUUUCAUUUGCAUAUUUGUCAAAAGGAAAUACAUUCUUUGGAUAUAUGGGCACGCUGAGAGCAUGCAACAAACAAAAAAAAUGCAAAGACCUGAACUGAUGUGUUCAUAAUUUAAAAAAAAAAAAACUAGCUUCUGAGGUGGAAGCAAUGUGUAUAAAAAAGAUGGCCACUUUUAAGCCAAUAAUUCCUCACUAAACAUGUUGAAUGUAAGAACAUUUAUUACACCAGUUGUAUCAAAAGGAACUCCUACGGUGUGGCCAAGAAGUGUUGGCUUUGAAUGGGAACAAAAUGUAUCGCCUUCUACAAAGACUUACCAAGUGUGGGUAAUUAAAAAAAGUAAAAAUAGAGUAAUUAUUGGAAGCUCAGUUUUCAUACCUUUUUUUUUUUUUUGGUGUUAAUGUAAUGGAGUAAAUGAUUUUGAAAGUUGAUUGUCUUUUUUUACCUAAAUGUUGUUUUUAGUCAUAGAAAGAAAUCUAAGCCAAAGCAUAUAAUUUAAUUAUUGGUGGACUGUGGUAAACAAAGCAUGCAGAACAGCUUAAGGAGAUAAGCCAGUUUAGAAAUGCAUGAAUUAAAUCAAAACAAAAAACUUUUAUAAAGACAGAAAGCUGAAUGUAAUAAUUGCACCCCUGAAUAUUUGAGUAUAACGCUCUAUAUCAUUCCAGAUUUUUUUUGAGAUUAUUUGUCAGUUUCUGAAUUAAAGCAGCUGUUCUGCAUUCAUGCUGUACCACCUAAUAACAACUUGUGUGUAUGUUUAAAAACAAAAAAAAAAAAUUGCCUUUGAACACGUAAACACAAAUUUACUUCAGGAAAUCAAACCGUCAGAGUUCAGCUUAAUAAUUGAUUUAUGUUAUAAAUAUUUAUUUAUUUAUUUUUUUGAGCCUAGGUAUGUAAAAUAUACAACUUAAUGAAUUCUUGUUUCUUCUAAGCUUUGACGAAGAAUAUGAUGCUUCUGAGCACACUUUGUUGAUCAUUAAACAUUUGUUUAGUAUUACAUAAAAGUUGCAGUUAAGAUAUUUUGUUCAUUGUGUGUGAAGAUUAUUUAUAAACAGAUGUUUUUAAACACUACAUUUAAAAUUAAAAAUCUUAAGUUCAUGUUUCCUGUAUCAAAUAAUUCUAAAACAUACUCUCAUUAGCACAGUCUGUAACUGUUAUGUAGUUUUCUUCUUUGUAGGACGAAAGUAUGAUUUAAAGAGCAACACUUUUAUUUAGUUUACACCUGCUGAAACCGAUUGCACAUGUCCGUUAUGAAUGAGAGCUUUCCUGUAGAAAAGCAGAUUUGUAGUUCGAUGCAUGGGUGGGGUACAUUUUUAUUUGUGCUUUGUAUAAAUUUCCCCUGUGGUGGUAUAAGUGUGCAGUGCUUUUUUGGGAGGUUUGGUGAAGACUUGGGUUCCUUCUGCUAUUCAAAGCUAUGCAUAAAGCUUAAGUGCUGCGGUCAGCUAUCCAGGCCUGGAUUAGGGUGCAUCUCCAUUGGUCUGGCUUCUCUUGGGCUCCCUUUGCCAGUGACUUCAAAAGGAACAAAAUGAUAAAUCAUAGAAGGGACCAUGAUUUUGGUAUUAUAAUUCCAGACAAGCAAACUUUGAAAAUUGGAAUUUUCCUUACAGUGUGUCUUUUUCAGUACUAGACUUAUUUGCUGAUUGUUAUAACAAGUAUUUCUCCUACAUAUUGUUUUUUAAUUUUAUUGUUUUAUAUCUUUCUUUUUGUUAAUGUUGUAAAGUGCUACUUUUUCCCACUAAUUAUCUUUAAGAUCAACACAGUUACAUCAGUGCUGUAAUUAAAAAGUCUUCUUUUUA